AUGUGUGUUUUGAGGGCCUCAGUCCUCCUCACCUUCAUCGGCCUGGUGGUGGGCGGGCUUCUCGCGGCCAUGAUGGCCGAUGCGAGCUUCCUCCGAUUCGAUGCGGUGAGUAUUUCAAUAAAGCCCUCUUCUCCUACCCUGCUUCUACUUUGCCUGCUCCAUAGCGCUGCGGACAGCAUGGUGCUGCUCGCAUCCUACUCGAGCCAAGGCGCAAGCACGGUCAGCAACAUCGUCAACAACAGUGGCGCGAAGGUCACCUACAUCGCGGAGGAGGAGCGCGUCGUGCGUGCUGCGGUGCGCAGCAGCGACGCCUUUGUUGCCUUGCGCGACGCUACACCACAGCUUCCGCUAGCCUGCGACAGCAACUGCCAGACCGCAGAGUUCUUGCCAAGCUACUCCUCCACUGCCGACGGAGCUUGUUCGAGCUCGCCGGAGCAGUCUCUUUCGAGUCCGUGGAGGAGCGACCCCAAGACUGACGGUGCAAAAUCCAGUCCAAUUCUUGCGGCGGGCGCAGAGAGGCAACGUGCUGUGGGCCCUGUAUGUUCGACGUUGUUGGGCACGCAGGACUUCGUUGCAGCAGGAUGGACGGUGCGCUGCCACGUGAUGGGACAGAGAGUACAUCCUUUGGUGUACGUGUACAAGCUGCAGUCUGGAUAUGGCCAUACAUGGCAUGGCACUACUCAUGGUUAG